GACUGGCCUGGAUUCCGGGUUAGGAUCCCCGAACUCUCCCUGGCUGCGUUUGCCGUCGUUUAAGACUGUCUUCCCUGGCUGGGUUUACCGCGGGCACUUGUGCCAGUGAGGCUCUAGAUCCUGUGUGUCCCUGUGAAUAGCAGGUGUUGCUGCUCAGCGGGUUUUCUUGCCCCCGUACCACAGAGAAGCCUCCCUCUGUUUCAAGGCCGCCCAGCCAUCCACGGGUUUGCUUUCACCGCCUCACCGACCGGAGCUAUGGGAGACACGGGCAGGGAACGCAGCAAACCGCCCAGCCUCCCGCCCCGCUGCCCCUGCGGAUUCUGGGGGUCCAGCAAGACCAUGAAUCUCUGCUCCAAGUGCUUUUCUGAUGUUCAGAAGAAGCAGCCAGAUGAAGACUCAUCCCCUGGCCCCACCCCCAGCACUAGUAGCAACCAAUCGGACGUGUUCACGAGUGACAUGAACAGUAGUAGCAGCAGCAGCAACUCCCCUUCCUUUUCGUCACAGACUGUUAGCAACCCCCAGCCACUCCCCAGCGAAACAAAUGUAGCUUCCUCGCCCAGCCAAGACGAAUCCCGCGGCACGUUAGCAGCACUCACAAAACGGCCCUGCGAAUCAGGGUCCGCCGCUGAGGGCGAGGAGUCACCAGGGAAACGGGCGCGGCUGCAGGAUGAUGUUGUUGAGGAAAGCCCUGGAGGCACCAAGCAGAGGAGCCGUCGGCGUUGCUACCGCUGCCAAACCAAACUGGAGCUGGUGCAGCAAGAGCUGGGUUCCUGCCGCUGCGGAUACGUGUUCUGCAUGCUGCAUCGUCUCCCAGAGCAGCACGACUGCCUGUUUGAUCACCUGGGCCGUGGUCGGGAGGAGGCCAUCCUGAAGAUGGUGAAGCUGGACCGCAAGGUGGGGCGGUCGUGCCAGCGCAUCGGGGAGGAAUGCUCCUGAGCGCGCUAUCUCUCUCUCUCUUUCUCUCUCUGUCUCCGCAAGCCUUAUCCAGAAACACCCACCCCUCACACUCCCUCCUUUAUACCUGAGCUAGCCAAUACACAAACCUUGCAACGCACAUACUUAGACAUUGAUUAGGGGUGUGACGAUACACUAAGGUCAUAAUACAUGUGAUGGUACAGAUCGGCUACUGGUGUGAUCAUCCAUCCAUCCAUUAUCAUUCUGCUUCUCCUGGUGAGGGUCACGGCCUUGUGUGAUCAAUAAUAGCAAAUAUUAAUUUUAAUAAUGGGCAAUUGUUUUUAU